UUUUAGGAACAGCAAAGUAUCUCCAUAUUGGAGAAGAGAUGGAUGGAGUGGAUAUGCGAGCAGAAGUUGGUCUUCUCAGCAGGAAUGUUGUCAUUCUUGGAGAAAUGGAGGACACAUGUUUACAACAGCGCUGUGUGUAAAUACUACAACUUUGAUACCUUUGGAGGUCACCUGAAGGUUGGACGCGGUUUUAAAUCUGUUCAUUUGGAAGGAAUAGAGCUGAAACACAUGGGACAGCAGACGAUGGGACAUUACCCUGUUCAUUUCCAUACUACUGGUGAUGUGGAUGAAAAGGGUGGAUACCACCCACCCACUUAUGUGAAAGACAUCUCAAUUCAUCAUUCAUUCUCUCGCUGUGUCACUGUCCAUGGCACCAAUGGUUUGCUGGUAAAGGAUGUGGUUGGCUAUGACACUCUUGGUCACUGUUUCUUCACGGAGGAUGGUCCUGAAGAGCGUAAUACAUUUGACCACUGUCUUGGACUUCUAAUCAAAGCAGGAACGUUACUACCUUCUGACAGAGACAAUACAAUGUGCAGAACUAUUACUGAAGGCUCCUUCCCAGGAUAUGUGGCUAAACCCAGACAAGACUGCAAUGCUGUGUCUACAUUUUGGAUAGCCAAUCCCAACAACAAUCUCAUCAACUGCUCUGCUGCUGGCUCCGAAGAAACCGGAUUUUGGUUCAUCUUUCACCAUGUACCGACAGGGCCCUCUGAGGGAUUGUAUGCCCCGGGACGUUCUGAGCACACUCCCUUAGGAACAUUCCAUAAUAAUCGAGCACACUCCAACUACAGGGCAGGAAUGAUCAUUGAUAAUGGAGUGAAAACCACAGAAGCCAGCGAUAAGGAUAAGAGGCCAAUCUUCACAUUGAUUGGAUCACGAUAUGGGCCACAUCAGGAUGCUGAUCCCCUCAAGCCAAGAGUACCUGCAAUAAUCCAGCAUUUUAUUGCUUACAAGAACCAGGACCAUGGAGCCUGGCUGCGGGGUGGAGAUGUUUGGCUGGAUAGCUGCCAAUUUUCUGAUAAUGGCAUCAGCCUAACUCUGGCAAGUGGAGGGACCUUUCCCGAUGAUGAUGGAUCCAAACAAGAAAUUAAAAAUAGCUUAUUUGUUGGGGAGAGCAACAAUGUGGGCACAGAAAUGACAGACAACCUCAUAUGGGGCCCUGGAGGUCUCGAUCACAGUGGAAGGACAUUACCUAGAGGAGUGAAUUUUCCUAUUCGGGGUAUACAAAUCUAUGAUGGA